AUGCGCUCCCAACCGCAUCCGCAGGCGCAAUUCGUGCCGAUUGCCCCCCAUUUUGAUCUCGCCGCCCUGGUCGAAAGCACGCCCAACUUCGACUAUGUAACUAGGCUUCCAGUCGAGAAGUUGAGGGAGCAUUCCAUCCACGACUUUGAGGCCUUGGUUCUCGCGGUUGUCAUUCAGAGCGGGAAGCCAUUGGUCAUCGAAGGGUGGGGAGACAGCUUGCCUCCAUGGCUAUUUAAUAUCGAUUGGCUUGAGGGGAAAUGGGGGACUAAGCCCGAGAAAGUUAGAGAUAUACCUAAUACCGUUGAUAUCCCAAUGACCAUGGGCCACUACUUGAGGUCGAUGCACCAGCUUACGAACCAAUUCUCCUCCUCCAACUAUCGGGACCCCAAACGACAGCGGUUGUACCUAAAGGAUAUCGAUUGUCCCGAUGCCUGGGCCGGCCACCUAAAACAAAUGAUGCCCGAGUCGGUAUAUUAUCUCAACGAAUGCAUAGAGCCAAGGACUGGUGGAGAUGGCGCAAUACUGGAACCGAAUGAAUGGGGCCAGAUGGGCUAUGGGAAAGGCGUUGCUGCAGCCGGAGACUUGAUGAGUAGCCUUCCACCGGAUAUGCGGGCCCUUAAUAUGAUGUGCUACAUUGGCCACGAAGGAACUUACACCCCAGCUCAUCGAGAAAUGUGCGCUAGUCUUGGUCAGAACAUCAUGGUUGAGGCUUCAAGAGAGAGUAAUGGUGAGAAGGAAGGGACCUCGGUAUGGUUCAUGACGGAGACAAAAGAACGCGAACUGGUUUCAGAAUAUUUCUUAUCGAUGCUUGGACAUGACAUCGAGGUUGAAAAGCAUUUUGCCCAAGUUAAUGCGUGGAAGAAAGCUCCAUUCAACGUUUGGGUUGUUGAGCAGAAGGUUGGCGACUUGAUCCUUAUUCCCCCUUUGGCCCCUCAUCAAGUCUGGAACCGCGGAACACGAACCAUGAAAGCCGCUUGGAACCGUACAACUGUGGACACCCUUGAAUUGGCAAUCCAUGAAGCCCUCCCCCGUGCGCGAAUGGUGUGUCGAGACGAGCAAUAUAAAAACAAGGCAAUUAUUUACUAUACCCUUGUGAAGUAUUAUGGCCUACUUCAGAGAGAUACUAUCGAGCCUAAAAUGUGCAAAUAUGGCCGCAUAAAGCAACUGCUCGACGAUUUCAAACGGCUGUUUCUGUUGUACACCGAGGUGUUAGUUAGCGAGAUGUUCUCCCCUAAGCUUCCAGAAGAAACCGAUGUGGAGCUGCUUCCCUAUGAUUCUAAUGUCACUUGCUCAUAUUGCAGAUGCAAUAUCUUCAAUCGAUUUCUCACCUGCAAAUCAUGCAUCGAGUAUGGCUCAGGUGGAGAGGAGGAUACCUACGAUAUCUGUAUGGACUGCUAUGCCAUGGGUCGCUCUUGUGCUUGCAUUUCAAAUCUGAAAUGGGUUGAGCAAUGGGACUGGUCAACUUUGGUGCAGAAUUAUGAAGAAUGGCGCAACCUCGUAGUUCAAUCUGACGGCUUUUUUGAUAUCCAAAGGUCUCCACAGCCUCUUGAUAUUGCGAGAAAACGUUAUGGAAAGAAACCUAUCGCUGAAGUUUGCCAACAGCAGUUGAAGCUCAGGCCUUGGAAUGACAUUAACAACCCUACUGUCCGCGAUAUCUCCCCUGGAAUGUCCGAUGUUGAACCUGAAGCCGACGACAAGGGGCGCGCAAAAAAUAAGAAACGAGGGAAAUUCUCCAAGAUGGGAAGAAACAGGGUGACAGCAGUUAAGAACAAGACCCACACAUGCCACAUAUGUUUCCACCAUGACUGGAACUGGAAGCUCGCCUUCUGUACCACUUGCAACCGCGCAUACUGUUAUGGAGUACUGUGGCGAGCUUUUGACUUGAUGCCGCAAACUGUUAUGGAAGAUAAAGAUUGGCAGUGUCCGAAGUGCUUAAAGAUAUGUUCAUGCGGGAAGUGUAGGAAAGAUCCCGAUCAAAAGCCUUACGCGCCAAAAGGCACACUACUCGGACAUGACACAAGACUGGUGGCAGACUUCCGAAGCGUCGAGAGCCUUGUCGACUUCUCAAAGACAAACCUUGUUUGGCUUCGUGGAGAUGGCGACUCUCAUCCUCAGGAAACGUCAAGAAUGAAGAAAUUAAAAGAGAAGGCGGAAGCUGAAAAGGCUCGUACUGAUGCUGUAAAUACAAGUUACCUUGAGGAUGGGCCUUCACAACAGCACCCGCUUGUGGGUGCUCCAGCGGAGAUGGAAAAUGGCGGUGCGGGCAAUAUGGAUGAUAUUGAUCCCGCACUUCUUGAUAUGGCGGAAUCGAACUCAACUUCAAUUCCCCAGGCUGAUCUCCAUUAUCGCAGCCCAUAUCCUCCCGUAGGACCAACGGCCAACGGUGACGGUCCACCUCUCAUCAAUGGCGAGGAUGCAAAUCAACCACAUAAAUGGAUGGACGGAAAUUCCAAUCUGGAUGAAUACAAUGCUCAUCAUCAUCAGGGGGCAACAUAUCCAUCGAGGCUUCUAGAUGCGGACGUUCCAAUGUCUGCACCAAUGGCUCCAAUGGUAGAACCCCCUCCGUUGUACCCAGAUCCGUCACGCAUUGGUCAAAACCGUAUGAUGGGCGCCGGCUACUAUCAGCAAAGUAGAAAUACCACCGAUAGGAUUCUUUACACUCUUCCGGAUAUCAACGGCUCGGUUGCGUCUUCACAACCAGAUCCCUCACAGAGCGAAAAUAUGGCUUUGUCAGAUCUUCUAGCUCCACCCCCGGAAAGCCCAGGAACUCUCAAGAAACGCAAACGCACUGGAAGUGAGGACAAGGAUGACUUGGAAUUCUUUACGUCUAAACGUCAAAGGGAGCUCGCCAAGGCAAAGAAACAAGCCGGAACGGAUAAGAUCUCUCUGGAUGUUUCACAACACCAAAAGCCUCGCCGCAGUCUUACUCAGCCGAAGGUCUAUACCGACUUAGGUGAAGAUGCUGUCCCAAUCGAAGAGGACGAGGGGCAUUCCGUUUUAGCCUCGAGAUGGCGGAAGCCUCGCAAAUCGAACGGUGGAUUGGAUAGUACUAUCAAGGAAAAGAGUCAUACAAGCAAGCAAGUCACCAAGGAUAACCAUGUAUCUCCACCAACAAGACGAAGCCUCCGUUCGCUCCCGGCAAGUCUGGCAGGAUCGCCAGCUGUGCAAUCACCUAAAAGCAAGGCCGGCCGACAAUCGGCGUGGCUGGCUCGAAAAAAUGCCAAAGACUCUGGCGAUGAAUUUCCACAAGAACUCCUCUCACGAAAUCGCCGUAGUCGUCUUUCCAGAGAGCAUCGUUCUUCUCCAGCAAAAGAAAUAUUGUCCGCAUCUGAAGAUGAGGUUAAUGGGGGUGCUGAUGUUGACAGCCUCUUUGGGGAACCCCUUGAGAAAGAGAACGGUGUUGAACCUAAUAACGAUGGCAAUGAUAGUGAAUCUGGCGGAGGGGAGGCCAUCAAGCGUGCCUCUAAGGCCCAUCCAAGUAUUAAUGUGGCAGAUGGGGAUGGAAAUGAUGACGACUUACCCGCACGAAAGAGACGAGGCCGGCCCCCUAAAAAAGCGCCACCGCAACGCCUAUCAUUCCCUGAACCAUCGAAACCCUCUUCUGCCCCUCCUCUCUCGUUGAAAGAGAAAUUAGCUUUGCGAGGCAGUAGGGCUCCCAAGAUCGUAGCUGCCAAACAACGCAGCGACAUAAAAAAUAAACCCGACAUCCCAAGCCCAAGGCCUACUCCAAUGGUUCGGGAACGCAUAUUGAGAAGCCCUACCCCAGGAAGCUCUGUUGACGGAGGCAGCACCAAAAACCAAUCACACCAACAAGCUUCCAGCACCAUGCGCCCCAGGAACAUUGUGUCAACACCAGCAGAGCCAAUUAGAAAAGGCCCCACGGUUGUGAGACUAGCGAGCCCAGAUUCGGGAUCAGAGGUUACAUUCAGUGAUGUCUCUGUUAAGCCCGAGGUGCCUGACGUUUCCAUCUCCCAUGACUCCUCGGAUGAUAGUGAUGCGAGCAUUCCAGCUAUCCCAGCUCCAGUCAAGAGAGCCCGUGGCCGGCCGUCUCUUGCAAGUAGGGGUAUGGGUGAAUUAUCUAAUAAUAGAGGGUCUGUUCGAAGGGGUAGGGGCAGAGGAAGGGGAAGGGGACGGGGAAGGAAGACAAUGUGA